AUGAUCCCACCCUUCGAAACCACCUUCGCGGUCCCGCUCAGCUGCGAAGACUGUAUCAAAGAUGUGAGCUCUUCACUCUACAAGAUCGAUGGAGUUCACAACGUAACCGCCGACCUCCCCACCCAACUCAUCUCCAUAACCGGCACCGCCGCCCCCUCCGCCAUCGUCUCUGCCGUUCAAUCCACCGGCCGCGAUGCCAUCCUGCGAGGCUCCGGCAAAGCAGAGGCCGCCGCAGUCUGCGUCCUCGAAACUCAUGCCUCGUCUGUAAAAGACAACGUCCGUGGCUUGAUUCGCAUGGUGCAGGUCAGCCCUACCAUGACGAUCCUGGAUAUGACGCUGAAAGGCGUCUCACCAGGGUCGUAUAACGUGACGGUUCGCGAGACGGGAGAUAUCUCGCAGGGUGCAGUCUCGACGGGAGGUGUUUGGGAUGCGGUGGCGGCGAAGCAAGAAAAGCGAUCAAUCAAGGGCGUUUUUGGAACGAUUGAGGUUGGGAAGAGUGGACUAGGCACAGUCUUCAUCACUAAGCCGAUUCAGAUCUGGGAGAUGAUUGGAAGAAGUAUUGUUGUGAGUCGGAAGCAGGAUUCGUUUGAUAAAGAGGACCCAGAUACACUUGUGGGUGUGAUCGCGAGGAGUGCGGGUGUCUGGGACAACGAUAAGACGGUGUGCAGUUGUAGUGGAAAGACGGUUUGGGAGGAGAGGAAGGAGGCUACUGCCAAGGGUAUGCUCUGA